UGCUGGCUGGGGUUUAGACGGAAGAUCUACGCUCCCAUUAGGGUGAUGGCUAGGAAAGUUUCUCCACAGGACACACACAAGCUGGUGGAGCAGUACCGCUUAGAAAGAGACGAUGCUAUUCACCGCGAGAACGCCCUGAAGGAGAAACUCAGACAAUAUGAACUGAGGACAAAGUCCACGGAGACAGCGAAGCAGAAACUCAAAACCCUGACGCUGGAGAACAAAGAUCUGAGGAGGCAGGUGAAGGCGCUGAGGAGUGAGAUCGGCCUGGAGUCCAGCCCCAAUUUUCAAGGUAAAACCACUAAAGAUAUCAUCAGCGACCUGCAGGAGAAAGAGCGAGAGUGCAAAGCGCUGGUGGAAAAGACUGGAAGGUUGAACCUGACCAUCGACGAGCUGUCAUCCGAGCUGGCCAACGCGGUCACUUCCAAGACUCUGCUGGAGGAAAAAGUCCAGUCGCUUCAGCUCAACCUCAAGGACAUGACCAACAACCAGCGACGCCUGCUGAAGCUGUGGGAGGAUAAAAAAGCUCAGCGCGAGCCCGUCCUGCUGCCCGCCAUCAAUCCACACAGAACCGCACAGAAACCGCUGACCCAUAAAUCUGUGCAGACCGACAUGUCCAUCAGCUCCACGCAGAUCCUCCCCGCAAACGUGUUCGAGACCAGACUGAGGUAUGAACCUGAGAGAAACCGGAACCUGGAGAGAAGAAACAUCACCUUACCCAACGGUGGCCAAUCAAAAUGAGACAAUAACACCUUAAGUAAUGACGGACGCAUGUUUAGUUUCCAAACAGGUGGACUUGUCUGAGAAGUGAAGGAAAUAAAGACUAUUCACAUGUCUGGGAUUUCUAAAGGGAUAUAAGUGAAAUAUCUACAUCUAAUUUUCUACUCUGUGGAAGAGUUUACUUAGGCUGGAGUUUUGACUUUAUUUAUUAGCAUUAAUGACAUUUUGGACUAUUCAGAUAUUAUCUGUAAAAUGAUGUAUGACGUGAACAACUGGAUUUUUUGGGGGGCGGGGGGAUGGUGGUGGUGGUUCUUUUGCUUGUUAUUUAA